CGGUAGCAGCUGAUCGGCUAAUUAACAUGAUUUUGGAGGGCGAAUGUUCAACAGGUACGCACGUUUAUAAAUGAUAACGUCAUCCGUUUAUACUUUUAUAAUUUAUAGUUCAGUACUGUACACUAAUAUAACAUUAAGUUAAUUAGAUUUCCGGGUAGCAAAAGUGUUGCAAUAGGACAAAAAUUGUGAGUGCCAAAAUGCCAAUUUCGUAGCGACAACUGCAAGAUAAACUGCAUAAAACUGUGACAGCAAAACUGAAAAAAAUUGUUUAUUUAACUUAUUUUUUUUACGAUCUAAGUGAAGUUUAGUAAAACAAGUAUGUCAUCUACAAAAAGACUACUACAAGCUCUGAUUAUGGGUGCUCCAGGCUCCGGAAAAGGAACUGUUUCUGAACGUAUAGUUCGAUCAUUCGAUAUGCUACACAUAUCCAGUGGUGACAUACUACGGAAAAUGAUACGAGAGAAGACUGAUAUUGGCAUCCAAGUCAACAAAUUUGUGUCUAAUGGGCAACUUGUGCCUGAUGAAUUGAUGUUGAAAACUAUUGGUAGCGAAUUGAACCGUCUAUCGUCAACUGAUCGCAGCUGGCUUCUGGAUGGUUUUCCUAGGACCAAACCACAAGCAUUGAGCUUGUUCCAAAUAGCACCUGUACAAGUAGUUAUUAGCCUCGAUGUACCCUUUGAUAUUAUUAUCAAUAGAGUAAAAGGUAGAUGGAUACAUGCGCCAAGUGGAAGAGUCUACAACACAGAUUUUAAUGCACCCAAGGUGCCUGGCCAUGAUGAUGUAACUGGUGAACCAUUAAUGCAACGCGAUGAUGAUAAACCAGAAUCUGUUAAGAAGCGUUUGGAAAUAUAUUCUGAGAUGGCUGGUCCUAUUUUAGAAUAUUAUGCUGAGCAAAAUAUCUUAGCGAAAUUCUCAGGAAAAACUACCAAUGAAAUUUGGCCUCAAGUUUACAAAUACUUAGCCACCAAGAUUGAACCCAAGGAAAAACUUGCAUAAGAUUUAUUGGUAUAAUUGCAUCAUUCAAUGUUGUAAUUGUUGUUGUAAUUUAAUUGUUUCUAUAAUCAAAAACUUAUAUUAUAUGUUAUACUUAUUAUUAUAUAUUACUGACUAUACUGUUGUUACUUGAUACUUAUUUGGUGCUAUUCAAAGAAAUACAAAAUUUAUAAUUAA